CCUUCCGUCUGCGGCGGGGUCUCUCCCUCCCUCCUGGCAAGGGGUGGGAAAGGGGACCCGGCUCCUGCGGUUUUGUGCUCGUCCCGCAGGCCCCCGGCUCCCGGAGCCCGUCAGGGCUGGCACAGGCUCGGUUUGGCUCUCUCCUGUGUCUAAACAGGCUCCCGGCUCUUCUGCUCGCAAAAGAAAAACUCUUACAACCUUUUAAAUCCCCGGAGAAGCAAGGAGGCGCGUUGGAAAACGGGCGAUCCCGGGAUUUAUUUUUUUUUUUUUUACAAUCUCAUCAUUUUGGGCCUGACUCACGGCUUUUGAAUGUUUGGGAUGGGCAGCCAAGGGGGAAAGUAAGUUUGCUCGGCACGAGCAGCGCGGCCAGGCCAGGAGGGACAGGCAUCUGUGCGGCGACAAGGCGACAGAGGGGGCCGUAAUCCCGCCUCCCGCUCCUCUCCAUCCUCGCCAGGACUCGCGGCUGCUCCCGGACCCAGCAGGGCAGGUGGGCCGCCCGCAGCCCCCCGGCCCCCCAGGAUGGCACAGGAGGCAGCCCCCGUGCUGCUGGUUGUCCUCGCCAGGCUGGUGUCAUCCACGUGGCACGAAGGCUCUGGCUACUACCUGGAGAGCCACACAAACGAGGUGUACGCAGAAGAACCGCCCCCCGAGCCUGCCCUAGAUUACCGUCGAGUGCCCCAGUGGUGCGCCACGCUCAACAUCCACCGCGGAGAGGCCGCUUGCUACUCCCCGCGGGGCAGCUCCUACCGCAGCAGCCUGGGGACGCGCUGCGAGCUGAGCUGCACCCGCGGGUACCGCCUGGUGGGCCCCAGCGCGGUGCAGUGCCUGCCCAGCCGCCACUGGUCCGGGAUGGCCUACUGCCGCCAAAUCCGGUGCCACGUGCUGCCGGCGGUGCUGCGGGGCUCCUACGUGUGCUCGGCGGGCGUGCAGAUGGAUUCCCGCUGUGACUACACCUGCCUGCCCGGCUACCAGCUGGAGGGCGACCGGAGCCGCAUCUGCAUGGAGGACGGGCGCUGGAGCGGGAGCGAGCCAAUCUGUGUAGACCUGGAGCCUCCCAAGAUCCGCUGUCCAGAUUCCCGGGAGCGCCUCGCGGAGCCAGGCAAGCUGACUGCCACCGUCUACUGGGACCCUCCCCGCGUGAGGGACUCUGCUGACGGCGUCAUCAAGAGGGUGAUGCUGCGGGGCCCGGAGCCCGGCUCCGAAUUCCCUGAAGGAGAGCAUGUGAUCCGCUACACCGCCCACGACCAGGCUUACAACCGAGCCAGCUGCAAGUUCAGCAUCCGCGUCCAAGUGAGGCGCUGCCCUGUCCUGAAGCCCCCGCAGAACGGGUACAUCUCCUGCACCUCCGACGGCAACAACUACGGUGCCACCUGCGAGUACCUGUGCGACGGGGGCUACGAGCGCCAGGGCACCUCCCUGCGGGUCUGCCAGUCCAGCCAGCAGUGGACGGGCUCCCAGCCCCUCUGUGCACCCAUGCAGAUCAACACAGAUGUCAGCUCGGCUGCCAGCCUGCUGGACCAGUUCCACGAGAAACGCCGCCUCUUCGUCAUCUCGGCCCCCGACCCCUCUAACCGCUACUACAAGAUGCAGAUCUCCAUGCUGCAGCAAGCUGCCUGCGGGCUGGAGCUGCGCCACGUCACCACCGUGGAGCUGGUGGGGCAGCCCCCACACGAGGUGGGACGCAUCCGGGAGCACCGGCUGUCCCUGGGCAUCAUCGAGGAGCUCAGGCGCUUCCUGCACCUGACGCGCUCCCACUUCAACGCGGUGCUGCUGGACAAGGCGGGCACGGACCGCGAGCGCUACAUCUCCCCGGCCAGCCCCGACGAGCUCUUCGUCUUCAUCGACACCUACCUGCUGAGCGAGCGCGAGGCGGCGCGGCGGGAGCAGAGCGGGGACCCCUGCGAGUGAGCCCGCGCCAGGGACGGCCCCACCACCGCCCUGGGGAUGGAUGGACACCUUCCUUUCUGCUUUUCUAGUCGCCCACUGUAGAGGAGGAGCAGGGUGCCAAGGAGCUCCGGGGAAGGGGAGCCCCUCUCUGGCUGCUCCGGCGCAGAGGUGAGCAGGGAUUGUGUGCCAGCAGAGUCACACUGCCCAGCAGCCAGGAGCUGUUUCCAGCUGGGGGAUGGUUCAGCCCAACCAGGACCCUGCUGGGAGACACUCGAGUGCCCCUGCUCAAAUCCCAGGGAGGGGGGGAAGGUGGAGAGCCAGAGGAGAGUGGCAGGGCAGGGGGGGCAGGCUGGCCAGCAGUGCCACAGCUCCUAACAAAGCAGCUUCAGCCUCCCCACGGCUCACCUUGUGCAAACCCAGACCCGAUGCCUCCCACUCUGAAAGCCCUUAUUAAAAGCAAAUGGCCCCACGCUCAGCAGAGCCCAUAGCAGCCAGCCAGCGUGCAGUCCACCCUGAAGGGCUUGCCGUCACCCCUGCCACUCCCUCUCCCACCACCC